CAUGAUUGUGUGUGACUGCUCAGCCAUGGCGGAACACCGUGGAGGCAUGAAAUUAGGGAAUUCAGGUGAAGAUGACAACAAAGAGCAUGUAGAAGCCACCGUAACGUGCCCAAGGAAAAUUCGGGUCAUACUGUCGGACCCUGACGCCACCGACUCAUCAUCAGACGAAGGGGGUGACAGUGAACGAUCAUCUCCACGCCGAAUUGUUCACGAAAUUGUUCUUGGUGUUAGAGCCGGAGAUAAGGACGGCGAUGAAGUGUUAAAGCGCAGUGAUUCCGUGGAUCAAACGCAACCCGAAAGGAAGAGGUUUCGUGGGGUCCGAUUGAGGAAAUGGGGCAAAUGGUGUUCUGAAAUUCGCGACCCGUUUAGCAAAAAACGAAUCUGGUUGGGUACCUAUGAGACCGCGGAGGAAGCCUUGAACGUUUAUAACGCUAAGAAAGAGGAGUUUCGAUUUCGAGAACGGCAGUCGGGACAAAACCAACCGAAGACCCGAACCGAGUCCAAGAAGCAGUCGUCCAUCCGGGUCUCUAAAGGGGUUAACAAUUCUCUGAAUGGAGAAGAGAUAGUAAAGUUGGGUGAAGACCCGACCCGGAAACUGCGCAAGGGGGUUCGAAGGACGAAAUCUGGUAGAUGGAAUCGUGACCCGUUUAAGAAAUCACAAGUUUGGGUGGGUACCUUUGAUACAGAAGAGGAGGCUUCAAAUGGUUUUGAGUCAAAGAAGUUGGAAGUCGGGUUAAAAGUGACCCGAUUUGAUUCAGAAUGUGGGGCAUCUCUUAAAACCCCAAAGAUUGAGACUUUAAGCUUUACAACUACUUCUAUGGCAGUAGAUGGAAAAGAAGAAAACAAGCCAGCUUUCAGGUUUGGUUAGGUUCAGAAUGGGAGUCUAUGGGUCAAAUUGUUGUACAUACAGUUGAAGACGAUCAAUGAUGUAAAAAUGCGUGUUUUAAAAGUUUUUAGA